AAAUACUAUGAAGUUGGCGUGAAAAAAAUGCAUUGAUUAAUUUUAAGAGAUAACUUGGCAACUUAAUACAAUCAAUAGACGUGUGUAUACAUGAGUACAAAUGUUGCGGAUUAUAAAGAAAAUAAAUUUUUGGCAGAGUAUCAAUUUUAAAAAUUGAUAAAUUAAAUGUUGAGAGACAAAUAUAUUACCAUAAUGUGUCAUAGAGUAUUGUACGGAUCUAUGAGCGAAAAAUUAGACAAGUAUGGUUAUUUUUAUUUAAAUGAUAAUCGUACCGAAAUUUUUAUGGAUAAAAAAAACUUUUAGACAAGGAAAUGAUUAGAAAUUUUGUUUCGUGGUUAUAAUUUGCUAGAUGGAAAUUUUCAAAGUUUAAUUUGAGUGUAGCCGCAACAUUUCAGUAUAAUAAAUUUUUGUUAAAUUUCAUAAAAAAUUACUGUUAUAAAAUUCUCAAUGUUGAGCAUGACUUCAUUGACGUUUACAAAAUAGAUUUAUCACAAACCCAGAUCGUUAUGGAUACCGAUAUUAAAAAGCUAGAUUCUUCGAAACCACCGAGCCUCAAGGUUGAACGAGACAGUGAUCUUAUUGGGAUGUUAUCAAAGCAAUUAUAUUUGGCUGGUGAUCAAUUGCAGAGGAUGAAAAUCUUGUUGAAAAAAACUGAAGAUAGAUUGAAAUCAAAAGAUCAAGAAUUUAAUCGUCUUAAGCGAAAAUUGAAGGAUUGGGAGAGUAAAGAAAAAAGUCAAGAAAGCAAUCUAAAAAAAGAAAGCAAGCAUCGGAAAACACAAUUUGAACGAUCUGAUUACAUUUAUAAGAGGUGUCUGAAAUUAGAAAAGAAAAUUGAUGAAAUAGAGAAGUUUCUUUCCGACUACGGAUUAAUUUGGGUUGGAGAAAAAAAAAGCGCGUCAAAAAAUUUGCGUCAAAUAACACCUGACUACCUAGAUAAAAUAAUUUCGAAUAUUGAAGACUUGAACUUGUCAGUUGGCAAAGGUGAGAUGUUUAUAUGCCGUAAUUCCGGAGGAGCCUCUUUUAAGACUCUUCCAGCUUUGACGCUAAAAUUUUACAAAAAUGGCAUGAUUUUGCAAAAAAGUCAGUUAAGGCCUUAUGACGACCCUUUGUCUCAAGCAUUUCUUAGAGAUAUAUUUGACGGUUAUUUUCCUUCAGAACUUCAGUGCGAUUAUCCCAACGGCGUUCCCUUUAAGGUCGAAGACUACCGAACAAAAUACUAUUUUAGUAGUGGAGCAAAUUAUCCUGGGAGUGGUCAUCAGUUAGGGAACAUAUCCACUACUAGUAGCAAAAUUUAUCCAAUCAAUUUUUCGGUGGAAGAAAAACAUUCAGUAUCUGCAAAAUCAUCGGAUUUAAAACACCCUUAUAAUUUAUCGAUUAAGUCUCCAAAAUUUUCUUCGCGAACAAAAUUGUCAAAUCCAAGCUUAUUUGAUCUUCAAAUUCCGAUUUCAAUCACUCAGAGAAAUAAUUCAGAAAAAAAUAUUCCAUCAAAUAAUAACGUAGAAAUAACAUCGGGGAAUAUAAAAAAUGUAAGAAAUACAGCAAAUUUAUCCUCAAGAACAAAAAUAUCUAAUUAUACUCAGGAUAUAUCAAAACGAUCAUCUCAUUCGAGUAAACAUAAAUUUGAGUUAUCAGAUAGAUCAUCCUUGGAUUUAUCAGCCCGGAGCAAUUUUGGGAUUCGCCCGAGAUCAGUGAGUUUCUCAAGGGAUAUUUUUCGUUUUUCACACAGUUCAAUGCCGUUGUCCGCUGGAGGUAAUUCUAGUUCUUCGAGAAGCUGUAAAGACAUUCAUGGAAGCAAUUAUAGUAAACUUCGAACAUCAAAAUCGACGACAAUGACGACCCAUAACUAUGAAAUGCCGUUAGUUCAGGAAAUAAAUGAACCAACCAAAGAUUCAGGAGAAUUGAGAUUAAAAAUCAGAUCUUUGAAUGGUAGAAUAGUUUACCUUGCGUACGUUUCUGCUGAUGACUCAGUAAACUAUCUUUACCACUUGUUGGACAGAGCGAUGUCAGGAAAACGAAAGCGUACUCCGAGUUAUAAAAUUGUUAUCAGUGGAUUUACAUCAAGAAGACUUGAUCAUAUGGACAUCUCCUUAAAGAAUUACGGAAUAGAUAAAGAUACUGUACUUCAUCUGGUUAAUGACUGAAUUAUUAUUGAUAUUCUGAUUAUUAUAAAAUUCUUAUUAUUAUAAAAUUACUCUGAUUAUUAUAAAAUUUUCAAAAAUUGAUUAUGAACCGAAAUGUCAUAAGAAGAUUACGAAGAUUUAUACAUCUAUUUUAGUAAUUAUUGUGAAAUUCAUGCUCCAAUUUGUAAUAAAAUAAAACUUAAUCUCACGAUUGAAUUAAACGCUCCUAGAUUUAUGCAAUCCUUUAAUAGUA